CAUUAACCACUUCUUGUCCGGCCCAUGUACAAUAACGGCCGGGCAGGAGUAGUGCAGGAGUUGGAUGUCGUUCAUAAAUGGCACCCGCAUUUACAGCCUGUGCGUGCUCCCUAGGACACAGUGGAACACCGAUCGCUGUACGGGACCUCUGUGUGAGGUCCCCGAUCAUGUGAUCACUGAUUGGCCAAUCAGUGAUCACUUCCUGACAUCAUUGCUUGCUACUUGUGAAAUCUGUGACCACAGAGGUCACAUGGUACAAGGCUAUUCACAACAACCUUGUACCAUG